AUGCCGCCCCGGCCGCCGCGUGACUGGAUGCUCGCGCCAGCGCCCCCGCAGCAGAGCGUCGAUGGCCCCGUUCAGCGGCCCAACCCGCUGAGCAACACCCAGAAGGAGUUGAUGGGAAGGCGUCGCGACGGUGUUCACCGACGUGAAGCACGCCAGACGCUGCUCCACCAGCUCAUCUGGAUGGACACCACGAUGAAGACGACGAUGGGCCAGAUGCGGUGGGCGAUCGCAGUCGGCUCGCCGGAGCGCUGCGGACCCGCGCCGCGUCAGAUCUGGGCGCGCGUCUUCGAGAAGGGCGCCGAGGUAGAGCAACUGGUGCUGAUCGGCCGCAACGGCACCGCCGACAUCUCGCUCGACGGCGAACGCUUCGACGGCGUGAAGACGCAGGUCGUCUACUGGGACCCGUCGGCCGUCAACGACAUCAGCAACACGUGCAUCACGCUGGCAAACGACUUUGCGAUUACGGCCCUCCACGACGCGAUGCACGGGGGCGAGCCGGAGUACGAGCCGCCGGAGAAGAAGGACCUGAUCAUCGCCGAGCUUCCGCCGGCCGACCCUCCUCAGCCGCCGUUCGGCAACUGCUGGCCGCCGGUGCAGCAGCACGAGAUUGACCUGUACGGACUGCGCGAGGGGCGACCGAAGGUGGAGCUCGACGACAUUCUGAGCGCCGUCGACGACUGGUUGGAGAAGAACGCGACGCAAACCGCUGAGUGGGAAGACAUGACGCCGUACUCGUAUCAGGAAUGCCCCUACGAGUUGCCGCUGUGGGCAAUGUUUUAUGAAUGCAACGUUCCAAUCUGGCUG